AUGUUUCUGAAUGGAGUCUGGCUGUGUUUGUUGUUUUCAACAUUAAAUUGCCAGUUUGUACUAGAAAACUUCACACCUACUUGUUUGAAAUCAGGUUUAACAUUCUUUAGAAAAACUUGGGACAUCACUUAUGGCGAUUAUAAAAUGAUCUUGAAUGUCUGUGAUUAUAUACCAGACAGUGCAUGUGGCCAACAUCAGAAGGUGUGUCUUACCCAUUCUCAAAAUCCACUCAAAAUUCAUGGGAAUGAAUUUAUAAAUGGUAUUGAUGAACAACUGAUUUUGAAUUCUAGACAAUGUAAUGUUUCGAUUCAGCUGAGCUGUAGUGAUCACCUAAUAGAAAACCCUCAACUCCGUAAAACUGGUAAAUGUGAAUUCGAAGUUUCAAUGAUGACAGUGGAUUGUGCACCAAAAUGUAUGAUAAACUACCGAGGACAUCUGAUGAAUUUUCGACCUUUGAAACAUACAUAUCAUGUACAUUCAAAGAGUGAACAUUUCAGCGUUGCCCUUUGUGGUUCAAAUCAGGAUUGUAAUCAGAAUGGUGUUUCUAGUUGCACUAUAACGAAUAAAAGUGCAAUAAUUCCUUUGUCAUCCGUUGACAAUGAACAAUUAACAUUCAGAGAUGACGAAAACGAGAUUAAACUUCAUGGAAGCUUCAAGUCAAGUUCGGAACUGGUAGUGAAAACACCAAGUAAAGAAAAGAAAACAGAACUCGAGGUGUUGAUAAAAUGUAACUGGACCCUUAGUACACCUCAUAUUAUUUACAAGGAACCACAAAAUCAAGGUAAAAGAUUUUCAUUUCUAAUGGAAGCCAAAGAGGGUUGUGUCAAAGUCCCUCCACAGUGUGUGAUUAAUGAUAAAUUUUAUACAUAUAAUGUAACGAAUCUUCACAAGAAUAAUGGAUAUUGGAUAGUAGAAGACGUCCCAGGAAAUAAAAUGAUGAUACUGAAUGUUUGUGGUCUUCUAAAAGCGAAAUUUAAUCCUGAGGAUAAUAAUUGUAAUAAAUCAUCUUCUCAAAUUUGUGAGAUACAUAAUGAUACUUAUACAAAUAGAGGUAGUUUCCAUCAAGAUUUGGCAAUCAAUAAUGAAAGAUUAUCGAUAUCAUUAACGGAUGGUGAUGUUUGUGACGGUGAUCCUAGCAAACAACUUCGAACAGAAAUAAAUUUUAUAUGUUCAAAAUCAGAGGGAAAACCUAAAUUUAUUAAAGAAGAACAUUGUGUCACAUACCUGAAUUGGAAAACUUCCUCUGCUUGUCCAAAUAUUAUUGAAGCAAAAUGUGAAAACAAACACAUUGACACACAUCAUAGUUGUACCUUGGAAACUUCCGGAAAGCUUUAUAAUUUGGGCGGCCUGUACAAGAAAGAUGGUAAAUACACUGUAAAGGACAAACAUGAUGGAAACUUGGAAUAUUUAUUAAACGUAUGUGGAUCUGUUAUUGAUGAAGAAGCCCCUUGUAUGCAGGAUGCCAUGGUUGCUCUUAAAAAUUCAUCAGAGGCCAACCUUCGACACAAAGUGAUGUCAUAUGGUGGUAUGAGGAAUAUAUCCGAAAAUGCCGAGGGGCUAUUGGUUAUUGAAACUUAUGGAGGUGGAAAUUGCGGAAAGAAUGGAGCUAUUAUAUACUGCAGAAGCACUGUAUAUUUCAAAUGCAUCGGAUAUGAUGAAGGUCCGAUGUUGUUGAGUAAAACAGAUUCAACUUUGGAAUUUCUUUGGAGAACUAAUAAUUCAUGUCCGGAAAUAAAGGAUAAAACACGAUGUAGUUUCAAGAAUCCAUUCACUGGAUUUUUGGUUGAUUUCACACAGUUCAAGAGCACUCAGUUGAAAAUUAAAUCCUUAACAAAUUCAACAUAUUUCUUUGAUUUUUGUGAAAAUGAUAAGUCAAAGUGUACAGAACUUGAUUGCAAAUAUAUUGCAUUGAAUAAAACUAUUGUUGAAUAUGGAAAUGAAACAUAUUUGGAAGUGAAUAUCAAUGAACAUUGUAAUAGUUCUGAGAACCAGUUUAAUAAAACAGUUUUCAAACUGACCUGUGAUGCAAUUCUAUAUAAUGAACACUUUGAAAUGAAAUAUAUUAAGAAUUGCAUUUUGUUAUUCGAGUUAAAAACUCAUCUGGCCUGUUUGGAGAAAGAACCUGUUAUAAAAAUUGAUGAAAAAUUGUCAGACAACACCGAAUAUAAAGUUCAACCUUCUUAUAAGGAACAUGAUAGUAAUUUUCAUGAACAAAUAAACGAAAAUCACAAAGUGAUCGAUGUUCCGCACCAUAAUUUCCUGACUGAACUCAAUUGCUUGGUGAAAAACCCCAACACUGGCUAUCAAUUCAAUAUCAAUAGUUUAAAUUUGAAUGUAACAUCACCGAAGUGUCCUGAAAUAAUAUUUAAUAGAACAAAGAGAUAUGUCUCACUUAUUUUCGAAACAGAAAAAACCUGUCGCCAAACUUCUGUUGCAUCAAAUAAGUUCCAGUCUAUUGUUAUCUUGAAUUGUCCAAAUGAAAGCAAUGACAGCCCUCGGAAGACGGAGGAACUGCUGAAGAGCAGCGAUUGUCUCGAAAAUGUUAUAUUACAAAGGAUGGAAGCAUGUAAAUUAUUGGAAGAGACAAUAUCACAGAAACUCGGUUCAGGUUCAGUGGCUGGUAUCAUUAUAGGUGUUAUUGCAAUACUAUCAGUUAUUGGAUUAGCCGUUUAUUUCUACUUGAAAUGGAGAGUUCCAGGUGUGAGAUCAUCAUAUUAUUCCAUGCCAUAUAACAAGGUAUGUAUUAUA